CGUGUGAUUAAAAAAACCAAAGCCAAACUUAAAUUUUAGCGCUCAGGUCCCGUGCGCCAACAGUUACUCAGCAUUUUGAAAUUGAAUGCUCUGCUCCACAGUUUUCGCCACUGAGUGAGUUGAGCUGACGCAUUUUCUCGGAUUUUCCUCACAAAAGUAAAGGGUUGUCUUCAACAUCCUUAUUUCUGAGUCUCUUUUGAUUGUGGUUUGUCCGUUCUUGAAUCUUUUGCAAUUCCAAAAUGGGGUGUGUUUCUUCAACUCUGCUGAACCAUGAGGAGGAGUUGGGUCAAUUGAGUGGCUCAACGCUGGGUCACCAUAUUGUGUCGCUCACGUCCACCACCUAUGGCCUGCUCAACCUCGAUCCAUCUCCUCAACCCACCCACCCACCAACCCCAACUCCUCGGUUUACCCUCGGCUCGGUGUUCCCCAGCCCGCUCUCCGAACCGAGGGGCAUAAGGUCCGAGCCAGAGGUGAUCAACUCUUGGGAGCUCAUGGCGGGUCUCGACGCCGACAGCUUCCGCUUCCCUUCUCUCCCGCUAGCCCCCUCCAAACCGAAGGCAUUGGCCAUCAAAGAGACCAACAUCAAUAAAGAGAACUCCAACCCCAAUCGUCCCAAUUGCGGUGAUGAAUUGAGGGUUCUGAAGCCAUUGAACGACAGCGUUUUGCGACAAUGUUUGGCGUUGCUGGAUGGGUUCGAGAGGCUGUGCCCACCGAAUGGAGAGAACAGAGUGGUGGUCUACACGACGACGUUGAGAGGAGUGCGGAAGACGUUUGAGGACUGCAACGCCGUGAGGGCGGCGAUUGAAGGCCUUGGGGUGUCGCUGUGCGAGCGAGACAUUUCGAUGGAUCGCGGGUUCAAGGAGGAGUUGAGGGAGCUGAUGAAGGGGAAAGACAGUUGCCAGAUGGUGCCGCCGAGGGUGUUUGUGAAGGGGAGGUAUGUGGGUGGGGCUGAGGAGGUGCUGAGGAUAGUGGAAGAGGGGUGUUUGAGUGAGCUGCUUCAAGGGUUGCCUAAGAUCAGAGCUGGUGAGGUCUGCGAGGGUUGUGGGGGAGUGAGGUUUUUGCCUUGUUUUCAAUGUAAUGGCAGCUGUAAGAUGGUGAUGAUGGUGAAGGAGGAGAUGGAGCAAAAGCAAGGGAGGAGUGUUGUGGUGAGGUGCCCGGAUUGUAAUGAGAAUGGUUUGGUGCUCUGCCCCAUCUGUAGCUGAUCCUUCACCCACUCAUUUCAUCUGGUUGCCUCUAUCUUUGUAAGAUAUUUUCAAUAACCAGUUUGAAUUUUGGCCUGAAUGAAAAUCAUCUUUGCCUUCCUUUUGAUCUAUAUACAUAUAUAGCCCUUUCUGUUCAA